AUGGAAACAUCUUUCGUCAAGUUUAUCGGCGCAGCCACAUGCGCUUGGGUGCUCUCAUACCUCAUCGAUCUCUUGGAUCUUCUCCCCAGCGAAGAGGGCGAUAUGCUCCGAGACGCAAUGCCCACGUACCAUUGUUGCCCAAGAAGAUCCGCUUCGAGGGCGGGCGCCGACAACAAUACCCACGGCACUGGGCGGCCAAGAGACUUGGCAUGGCUACUUUCAGGCAUCAAAUUUUUAAUUGAAGGUCUUCGGUUUACUUGA